ACAUCCUGUCUGAGUUAGAUCAGAGUGGGAAAAAGGAUACAGUGCCAUGUGUAUUUGUCUUGACCAGCCUGCUUGCUGUUUUUUGCCCCGUGUCGCCUCCUUUUUCUUCGUCUCUCAUCUUCACACCUCUUCACCUUUCCUUGUGUCCCUGCUGUACCUCAGACUGUUUCCUCUCUCUAGUAACACAAAAACAUACAGCUUUGUUUCUCCUCCAGAGCUUUGAAUUUAUAAGGACCAGCAUUCAUGAUGUGGCCGUCCUUCUGCUGGAUGUUUCCUUAUCAGACCAGAGCAUGGAGGAUGUUGAGAAUUCGCCCUUCCACUUUCUUCGUCUUAGCUUUAGAGUUAUGGUUGGGCGACCAGUUCUAUAAGGACGCCAUUGAGCAGUGCCGCAGCUACAAUGCCCGCCUCUGUGCUGAACGCAGCGUCCGCCUGCCAUUCCUGGACUCUCAGACUGGUGUGGCCCAGAACAACUGCUACAUCUGGAUGGAGCGCCACCACCGAAGCCCUGGUGUUGCAGCAGGGCAGAUGUACACAUACCCAGCACGCUGUUGGAGAAAAAAGAGACGGCUCCACAACACCACGGAUCCCCGCCUGGGCAUCUACGGCCUUCAGCUCGAUGGUGGCCUUAUGUCCAGAGACGCUUUGCCCACCCAGAGCACCACACUGGAGGCUCUUCUGCGAGGAGAAGGUCUAGACAAGAGGAACAACUCAAAGAAUGAUGAGGAGAGCCUGCUAGAAAUACAGAGGGUUCUGGAAGCAGAUGCAGCAGAAGACGCCUUCAAUGACGACGACGAUUACGAGGUGGACACUCCUAAGAGGAGACAUCGAGGCAAGGGAAGAGGCCGGGGUUCAGGACGCAGGAGGACAGAUCUGGAUGGUGAUAAGCCAUACGUCUGUGACAACAGAUACAAACAGAAGCAGAACUCAAAGACUUUGACCUCAGUCUGUACAAAGCGAUACAGAAACCGCACAGGACUAAGUUACCACUACACUCAUUCCCACCUGGCAGAGGAGGACAGAACCGGGGAGAGAAGCACUGUGGCGUCCCACUCUCCCUCUACACCACAGACUGACCGGCACAAACGUCCAAAGGUUUCUGGUGGGACCAGCAUUCCCAACAACUACUGUAAUAAAUGCCAGGGCGCAAAAAGGAAAACUGGUAAAUCCGGGUCUCCCUGCUCAACCUGCCAAUGCACAACUGGUGGUGGGGAGGAGAAGGAAGACGGCACAUUUACUGCAGCUGAGGAGCUUUUUGGCACCACCUCAGAGAGCGACACCUCCACUUUUCACGGCUUCGAGGACGACGAGCUAGAAGAACCGGCUGCAAAUAGCAACGGGAUAUCCUGCCGCCACAGAUAGACUUGUUAGAUUUACACUGACACUUUUUUUCAAAUAUAUAUAUAUAUAUAUAUAUAUAUAUAUAUAUAUAUAUAUAUAUAUAUAUAUAUAAAGGAUUACCCUCUGGCAAAAAUCAGCGGCUUCUUUUUCAAUUUUUUGCUCUUCGUUUUUUUUCAGAAAGCACAAAGUCAUAAUUUCCGGACAGCAAUGCAAGUGGUAUUUUAUCUACUGAACAUUGUCGAAUAAUUUAUGGAGACAUUUUUUUAUAUUAAUAUACGUUAUAAACAGACCUUUAAUGCAACAAACUAUCAAUGUUUCCCUGAAAAAGUGACUGUGGAAAACAGAACAUGCUUUUGGUGUGCUUUUUAAUUUAAUUAAUUUUUUUUCAUUUCCCAUCGGUGGAGUGGAAGUAGCAAAAAGCUAUGAACAAACACAAACACUGGAGCAUUGAGAGACAAUUUUGAACAAGUGAAGUUUUGAUGAGUUCAUCAGUAGGUGAUCGAAUUUCUUUGAGGACGAUACUUGCAUCGAAGGUCUACCGGAUGUUCUUAGAUCAGAAAAGUCGUGGGACUUUGAAGACCUCUUCUUCUCCGCUCACCCUGAAUGAAUUGUGUGAAUGUGAAGGAACCAAGGAAAAUUACAAGCCACUGGAAAUAUUGGAAUAUGAAAGUCUUUUUUUUUUUUUUUAAAGAAAGGGACGUAACAAAUUAAAGGAGCAGUGAACACACUGCCAUGUUGCCCAGGGAUCAGGGGAUGACCAGUGAAGAAGAGGACUUAACCAUCAGAAACUAAUGAGCCUCCUUAUCCGUCCUGAUUUGGGCUCAAAACAAGCGACUGAAAAAGCCUUCCAUGAGCAGCGGGGCUUGAUUCAAGCAACUGCUCCACUGACAUUAUGUAUCGAGCCCCUUUGAAACAUUUGAAAUGUGAGCAUCUGGCUUCAUUUGUUCCUAUCUGCGCUGUGUUGGGACCUCUGAACACUAAAGGCCAGACCUUUGGACCGUUUGUGCCCAAUGGGCACAUUUGGGACGACCUAGCUUGCCCACAUUAUCCUGAACACUGUGCUAGCCUGCCGCUUAGCACUGAGCUUUGACAGCCAUGACUCCUCCAACCUGAUCGGACCAGUGACCCCCACCCCUUUGCUGACCUCCAGCCAUAGAGUCGGUGCUCAAAUCCACCACUAUUACAUGAGACCUCUGAACUAUGUUAUCCUCUAACUUGGAGAGUUUUUUUUUUCCUAUUUUAGUCUGUUUCUCCAAUUGAUUUAAAACGAAUCACAGCAAUCCUACUCACUUUUCUUGCAUGCUUUCUCUGCUGUACAAAUUUAAGUUUUAUGCUCUUAUUUCUGUCUGAUGGUACUGAUACCUCUGUCUGAUCAGGUGCACAGUACCCACAGCUAGGCAUCUGUUUUUCCUGGUGAUUGUUCAGCUUCUCAGCUCAGAUCAGCGAUUGUAUUCGGCUGACAAGGAGGGACACAACCACCCACACCACAAUCCCUUUCUUUUUAAUCAACCCCUGGAAAGGAUUCUGGGAUGCUAGAGAAAAACACCUGCAAUAAGACGCUUCAUCUGUUUACUGAUUUUCUUUGAACUUCUGUUAUGCGUUUUAUAUUUAAGGCUUACGUUUUGGUUGAAAAUGUUACCAGAGAGCAAAUACUGCUCAAAUACACACCCUAAAUGAGAGGAGGAAGUGUACACGUGGUUUUUGAGGGCCUAAUUGCUUUAUGACAUUUAAAAGGUGCUUUGUGUACUGUAUCUAGAAGCUCUUAGGUCUAAAGGUUGCACCUACUGUUUCAGUGGUGUGUGAUUAUCCAGCAUCGCUGCUCCGUUAUUCCUGUGUGUCUGUUAUGACUUGUUUGUGCAUUCAAAUAAUCUCUUCUGACUUCCCUCAGGGACCCCCCUCAAAACAUUUUUUUUUUUAUCUCCACAGGAUAAAUAAUGCUUCUGAGACUUGUUAGCUAUCUUGUCGUCUUCCCGUACAUCAGUUAUAUGACCUUUCCGUUUUAAAAUUGGUACAGUGUGUUAUCUUCCAACGCCACGCCACUAAGUGAAAGACAUGUCCUAACCUGCUAAAUGUUGCAAAUACUUACAGGGAAAGAGCUCGCAUCUCUGAACAAAAAGCUAAAAAAAAAGAAAUAUCUGUUUAAAAAAAAAAGCGUCACCUUUUUAUUAAAGACCUGGUAUACCUCGUCACAGACACAGCAAUAGGCCCUGGUACUCCUUGUGAAGCCUCCCGGAAGAGGGGGGCUUAGAGGAGGAGGAUCUGGGUGCAAACGGAGCCAUGAAGAGAUGUAAUGGACUUUACCAGGUGUUGUUUUUGUUUCUGUUAUUUUUUCUGCUGUAAAUAGAAGUUAAAAAAGAGAGAAUGAAGAAGUGUUUGUUUGGUAAACUAUUUUUAUUCUGAAAAAAUAAAGACAAAAUAAGGAACAACUGCGAA